AUGGCGUCUGCUGGGCUUCAGAUUUUGGCUACCGCGCUUGCAGUCAUCGGCUGGUUGGGAAGCAUUAUUAUUUGCGCGCUCCCAAUGUGGAAAGUGACGGCGUUUAUCGGCAACAACAUAGUGACUGCUCAGAUCUUCUGGGAAGGCUUGUGGAUGAACUGCGUGCAGCAGAGCACGGGUCAGAUGCAGUGCAAGGUCUACGACUCCAUGUUGGCGCUUCCUCAAGAUCUCCAGGCUGCCCGCGCUCUCGUGAUCAUCUCCAUCCUCGUGGCCUUAUUGGGAAUCCUGCUGGCUGUCGCAGGAGGCAAGUGUACCAACUGCGUUGAGGAUAGAGACGCAAAAGCCAAAGUGGGCGUGGCGGCAGGUGUUUUCUUUCUUGUGGCUGGCGUGCUCUGCCUGAUCCCGGUUUGCUGGUGCGCACACACUGUCAUCAGAGACUUCUACAAUCCCAUUGUGAGUGAAGCACAAAAGCGUGAACUGGGAGCGUCGCUGUUCAUCGGAUGGGGUGCUUCCGGCCUUAUGAUCAUCGGAGGCGCGCUUCUCUGCUGCCAUUGCCCGAAAGGUGAAGGUCGUGGUUAUUCCGCGAAGUACUCUGCUCCGAGGUCUGCUGCCCACGGGGGCGCAUAUGUGUGA